AUGGAGCUCGAGACCUCAGUCCUUUUAUCUCAUCUCAGUCCUGUCAUCUCAUCUCAGUCCUGUCAUCCCAUCUCAGUCCUGUCUCCUCUCAUCCCAUCUCAGUCCUGUCUCCUCUCAUCCCAUCUCAGUCCUGUCUCCUCUCAUCCCAUCUCAGUCCUGUCUCCUCUCAUCCCAUCUCAGUCCUGUCUCCUCUCAUCCCAUCUCAGUUCUGUCUCCUCUCCUCUCAUCUCAUCUCAGUCCUGUCUCCUCUCAUCAUCUCAGUCCUGUCUCCUCAUCUCAUCUCAGUCCUGUCUCCUCAUCUCAUCUCAGUCCUAUCUCCUCAUCUCAUCUCCGUCCUAUCUCCUCAGUCCUUCUUCAUCCACCACCAUCCUCCUUCCAUCUUCUUCAUCCACCACCAUCCUCCUUCCAUCUUCCUUCUUCAUUCUUCAUCCACCAGCAGCAUCCUCCAUCUUUAUCAUCCACUAG